UAACCAAAGAAGAAGAACAGUUCCAGCAAAGAGAGCUGCAGUCAACGGCGACGAAGAAGAAGAGAUGUCGAGAAUGCUAAAAGAAAAAUAAAGGAGACGGAGGCUUGUGCAGUAAACGAGAAUAUAACGCUGUUACCUCGGCAUACUACUGUUCACAAUAGCUGCAUUACAUUGGCUGAGCUAUGACAGAGCCUCAAUCAGCGUUGUUACUCAGGAGACAGCUCGCAGAGCUCAAUAAAAACCCAGUAGAAGGAUUCUCAGCUGGACUGAUUGAAGAUAAUGAUCUUUACAGAUGGGAAGUUCUAAUAAUCGGGCCACCAGACACACUUUAUGAAGGUGGUGUGUUCAAAGCUCAUCUGACAUUUCCCAAAGACUACCCUCUCAGGCCACCGAAAAUGAAAUUUAUCACAGAUAUCUGGCAUCCUAAUGUUGACAAGAAUGGAGAUGUAUGUAUUUCUAUUUUACAUGAACCUGGGGAGGAUAAGUAUGGCUAUGAAAAACCUGAAGAACGCUGGCUUCCCAUCCAUACAGUUGAAACUAUCAUGAUUAGUGUUAUCUCCAUGCUGGCAGACCCAAAUGGUGACUCGCCAGCCAACGUGGAUGCAGCAAAAGAGUGGCGGGAAGACAGGCACGGAGCAUUUAAAAGAAAAGUUGCACGCUGUGUACGGAAAAGCCAAGAGACUGCGUUUGAGUGAUAUUUAGCAAGGAUCUAGGUUCAUGUUUUCAGGGUCUCCAAUUGAAACGCGACACGGCACCGUUUCCUGUACUCUUCCACCAUUUUACCAGGAUCGGCUUCUAUUUUGGCAAGAAGAAUUUGACUGGCUCUUCUAAGCUGCAGUAGAACAUUACAGUGAAUACCACGGCUCACAGACAACCACCAAGCAAGUGCCAACUGAACAUAACAAAACAACCCAGAAGAAAAAUAACACUUGGCAAGUCAAUGAACUGCUUUAACAUUCAGGAAGAUAUUGUAAAGAAAUGUAAAUAGUACAGACUAAACCGGAUAAUAUAUAAACUCCCUGUCCAUACUUAAUGCACUUACUCUCAAUGAAUUGUGCUGGCCCGGAUUUGUUCUCCCACCCACCCCCCUCUCAAACAUGGGCUCUGUUUUGUUUUUUCAUCAGGAGUUCUUAGAUUGGGGAUUACAAUGUUGUUGUGAAGAGCUUGAUUGAUUCAAGCGAAUGACACAAGUUGUGUCAUUUCUGGCCAUGUUUGGUGUUUUUCAUGAAUUCUUUAACCACGUUGACAGCCUAACUUAAAAUGUGUUCCUUAGUGAUAUUUUUUUGAAGCUAUUAAAAGUCUAACCACCCCUUUGUUUUAUCAACAAGCAGAGCAACAUAAUUAUUCAUUUUGUGCAUGCGCAAUUUUCUUUUGUACUUUUGCAAAAGUGCCUCCAGAUAUAAAUGCUUGGCCGCAACCUGCAUCGAUCAAGAAGCAAAUGAAAUGUUGGAUAAAUAUUGGGGGAAAAUGUAUAUGCAGUGUAUGAAUUGGGAUAAUGAAGAUACAGGCAAUAUAAAAAUGCAAUUUCCCCAUUUUAAUGUAGCAAUAAAUCUCAAAAUAAUUGGUACGUGCAUAGUAAAAUUUAAAGUUCUUCAAAAAUAGCAAAUUUUAGUAGCUACUAUAUUUUGGUCAGUUCUGUCCUUUGUAAAUUACUGUGCAUGUGUAGCUUUUAUGUUUUUUAAUUUGUUUUUUUUUUAUAGGGGGUCUUUGCAGAAUGUUUCUGGCAUUUUGUUUCUGUUUGUCCAUGCUGUGUCUGUGUCAUUUUGCUUUACGUUUUUUUUCUUUUUUUUCUCAGUUUUUGUCCCCGUCAAAUCCAACCAUCUUUUUUUUUGCUCACUGAACUGUUCCAAUUUUUGGACAAUGUACAAAGACAAAAUACUGUUGUAUAUUUUUCAUGUUAUGAAGCCUGUUACCUGUAGUGAGCUCUUCUAUUAUAUUUUUUUCCC